AUGCCGCACGUACACGUCGAUUCUGUCUCAGUUGGCGCUCGCUCGGAACCUUCGGAACCUUCGGAACCUUCGGAACCUUCGGAACCUUCGGAUCCUGCUCCGAGUCCCGACGUGCUGCAGGCGGCCAUCGCCCGAUUGGAAGCGGAAAUGCCAAAGUACACGAAGAACAAGCGGAGCUAUGAGGAGUGGUGUGGCAAAUGCAAUGUAGGUUUUCUUUAAUGACUAGAAAAGAAGAGAUUUGCGUGAUGUGGACGGGCUCAGUUUGGCCCGAACUGAACCAAAACGGGUUUUUAUGCUAAAUUGACUUGGGACCGUCUGUUUUUCACUUUUUUUUCGCUUUUUUAAGUACCAACAUCAGUUUUGCAGAAAAUCGUACAAACAACGCCUCGAAACGUGUGCGGAAUGGCGAACUUUGUGCUGUUCAUCGCGUGCCUCUUCGUGCCGUGCCUCGUCCUCUGUUUUUGGCUUCCGUGCUGCAUGGACAUUGAGCACCGGUGCCCCGAGUGCAAGAAUCCGCUCGCAAAGUUCGACCGACUCUGA